AGGGGGUGGGGAGGGGCGGUGCGCGGGCGGUUCCCGGGAUGCGGCGGGUUGCGGCGCCGGAGCGCUGGCGUGAGUUCCGGUGGUAGGCCGGUGCGGAGGUCGGCGCCUUCGCCAUGGCCCAGGCUGGGCUGGACUACACCAUCGAGAUCCCGGAUCAGCCCUGCUGGAGCCAGAAGAACAGCUUCAGCCAGCGUGGGAAGGAGGCAAGGAAUCAACGACCUGUGGUGAUUCUCUUGGGCUGGGGUGGCUGUAAGGAUAAGAAUCUGGCCAAGUACAGCGCCAUCUACCAUAAAAGGGGCUACAUCGUGAUCCGAUACACGGCCCCUUGGCACAUGGUCUUCUUCUCUGAGUCUAUGGGCAUCCCUUCACUUCGUGUGUUGGCCCAGAAGCUGCUUGAGCUACUCUUUGAUUACGAGAUUGAGCGGGAGCCCCUGCUCUUCCACGUGUUCAGCAACGCUGGUGCCAUGCUAUACCGCUACGUGCUUGAGCUCCUGCAGACCCAUGGGCGCUUCUACCACCUGCGUGUGGUGGGUGUCAUUUUUGAUAGUGGUCCUGGUGAUAGCAACCUAGUAGGGGCCCUGCGGGCCCUGUCAGUCAUCCUGGAGCACCGACCUGCCUUGCUGCGCCUGUUGUUUCUGGUGGCCUUCGCCCUGGUAGCAGCCCUGUUCCGCAUUCUGCUUGCUCCACUCACUGGCCUUUUCCACACCCACUUCUAUGACAGGCUACAGAACGCAGGCUCCUGCUGGCCUGAGCUCUACCUCUACUCAAGGGCUGAUGUGGUGGUACGGGCCAGGGACGUGGAACGCAUGGUGGAAGCACGGCUGGUCCAGCAGGUCCUGGUGCGUUCUGUGGACUUUGUGUCAUCUGCACACGUCAGUCACCUCCGUGACUACCCUAUUUACUAUGCAAGCCUCUGUGUUGACUUCGUGCACAGCUGUGUCCAGUGCUGAGCUCCUACCUCAGAAAUAAAUGCCUGAUACCUUCCUCAACCACAUCUAUCCCGGGGGCCUACUGAUGGUCUGCCUAGGGUCCUAGGGGCAGGAGCACCUGGACAGGUUUCUGUGGCAGCCUUGCAGUUGGUUGUUUGGAUAAGUACAGCAGUUAGGCUGCUGAUUCCUGUGGCUUUCAGGUUAUAAAAGAUUAACAAAGCCAGGAGAAGGUUAAGGAUAAGUCUGAGUUGAUUUUCUAAAAAAUCAGUUGUGGUAAGAACUCUUAACGUAGUAUCUUCCAUCUUAAAAAUCCAAGUGUAAGCUUGGUGUCAUGGUGAAUACCUAUAAUCAUAGACCUAUGGGAAGCUGAGGCAAGAAGAGUGCAAAUUCAAGCCCAGCCUGAGUAACUUAGCAGGUUAGUGAGGCAGUCUCAAAAUUUAAAAGAAAUACAAUGUGGGCAUAUAGCUCAGUUUCAUUCCUAGUACCAAAAAAAAAAAAAAAAAAAAAAAAAAAAAAAAAAUCCAGUACACACUAAAAGUGCAGUGUUGUGCAGCAGAUCUCAGAAACUUAAUCAUUUUACACAACUGCACCUUUUCACCUGUGGCUAGAGUUUGGAUUUCCUGAAUGGAAGGUCAGCUUUAUGGUGAGGUUAUGGAAGGCAAGGAGAGGAACUCUGUACUUCUGUGCUCUCUCUCUUCCAGAGGGCAAACCACGCAGAGGAGGUUCCUCUGACCUUGGCCCUAGAGCCUGAAGGAUAGUACAUGAGGAGCUGAGGCUUCAGGGUUCAGGGCUGCCUAGCUUCAGCACCUCAGCUAAUGGGGAGCUAAGAGUCUGCUAAGCUAAGAGUCUACUGGGUCUGGAGAGGUGAACUGGGGUGCAGGAAGGCAGCUGUGCUUCAAUGGGAGCUGCAGUAAGUUGGCCCUGCACCCUAAGACCAGGACCAGGGUAAGGGGGUUUUUGGUUGAAGUACUUUUGUCUCCAUAUACUCUUCAGGCAGAGAGAUGGCUUCAGCCUUGUAGUUCUGUACCUCUGUCAUUCUGCAAAUCACUGUUACACAAUGCUGGAACAAUGUGAGUGUUUAAUAAAUAUCUGCUGAUGGAA